ACUGUUUCCUGGUUGCACAUUCAGUUUGCUGGAAGCGGUUGUUAGUGGCGGAAGAAGAGUUGAAAGCAUGGCAACCAUGGCGACUCCCAAGGUGCCCGAAGUGCGUGAUGUCACCAGAAUUGAAAGAAUUGGUGCACAUUCUCACAUUCGAGGACUUGGUCUGGAUGAAGCUUUGGAACCCCGACAGGUUUCGCAGGGCAUGGUGGGCCAGCUGGCUGCUCGCCGUGCUGCUGGAGUUAUUUUGGAAAUGAUCAGAGAAGGCAAAAUUGCAGGACGAGCUGUGCUGAUUGCAGGACAACCUGGCACUGGAAAAACUGCCAUAGCUAUGGGCAUGGCACAAGCCCUGGGCCAAGAUACGCCAUUUACAGCAAUUGCUGGCAGUGAAAUCUUCUCCCUAGAAAUGAGCAAAACUGAAGCUUUGACGCAAUCAUUCCGUCGUUCUAUCGGUGUCCGAAUCAAAGAAGAAACUGAAAUAAUUGAAGGAGAGGUUGUCGAAGUUCAAAUUGACAGACCUGCAACUGGAACUGGUGCAAAGGUGGGCAAACUGACAUUGAAAACUACAGAGAUGGAGACUAUUUAUGACUUGGGAACAAAGAUGAUCGAAUCACUGACAAAGGAAAAAGUUCAGGCUGGCGAUGUUAUUACCAUUGAUAAAGCCACAGGCAAGAUUACCAAAUUGGGUCGUGCUUUCACAAGAGCGAGAGACUAUGAUGCCAUGGGAUCCCAGACCAAAUUUGUCCAGUGCCCUGAUGGGGAAUUACAGAAGCGCAAGGAAGUAGUCCACACUGUGUCUCUACAUGAAAUCGAUGUUAUUAACAGCAGGACUCAGGGAUUUCUUGCUCUUUUUUCAGGCGACACCGGAGAGAUCAAAUCUGAAGUUCGUGAACAGAUCAAUGCGAAGGUGGCAGAAUGGCGAGAGGAAGGAAAGGCUGAAAUUAUCCCUGGGGUGCUCUUUAUAGAUGAGGUACACAUGUUGGACAUUGAAUGUUUCUCAUUUUUAAAUCGGGCAUUGGAGAGUGACAUGGCCCCUGUGCUGAUCAUGGCCACAAACAGAGGUAUCACUAGGAUUCGCGGAACAAACUACCAGAGUCCCCACGGAAUUCCAAUCGAUUUACUGGACCGGUUACUUAUCAUUUCAACUUCACCAUACAAUGAAAAGGAAACCAAACAGAUCUUGAAGAUCAGGUGUGAAGAGGAAGAUGUGGAUAUGAGCGAGGAUGCUUACACUGUACUGACGCGGAUCGGUAUGGAAACCUCUCUCCGAUACUCCAUUCAGCUCAUCACAGCUGCAAGUCUGGUCUGCAGGAAGCGGAAGGGAAAUGAUGUACAGGUAGACGAUAUCAAACGAGUAUAUUCCCUCUUUCUUGAUGAGUCCAGAUCAACACAGUACAUGAAAGAAUAUCAAGAUGCCUUUAUGUUUAAUGAAAUGAAAGGAGACACCAUGGACACGUCGUGAUAAUCAGAGAAUGAACUGAAUGCUUUGCAUUUUUUGUUUGUUUUAUUAUUCCUUAGUCUGGUUAACCUUUUGUAUGCCAGAGUUGAGCAAUGCAUUGAAUUAUGUCAUCCAUGCCUCCCUGUCACUCAAAAGGUUAAACAAUUCGUUUCAUGCCUUAUGUUCAUGCUGUUGUGAUCGGUCUCCCUUUUUAUAUAUAAAGAACAUUCUAAUUGA